AGUAUCAACAUACCUGUUUUUGGCCAAACAGCAUUAAGUGCAAUGCCAUCAGGUUUUCAUUCCUCCGCCAAUGGUGUGGCAGCUUUGAAAGCAUCGAUUCAGGGUCUCAAAAUGUACAAAAUGAUAUCCAGGAUGUUCGUCCGGGAGAGUAAAACCGCGUUGGAGCCUUUGAAACGCAUCCCGAUACAACGAGGACUUGUCAAAGCGGUGAAGAGCGCGGACGAGCCCGGCAAAGUGGCUAACAUGAAAAAAUACUGGUUCGGCAGGUACAUGAAUUACAUCAAGAACUACGAGAGCACGCUCGAGCAGAGAUUCCCACGUACGAUGCAGGUGUACCGCGUGUUCAGCGUCGGCAGCAAAGACGUGUACGCGGACCUGAAGAAAUUCGUAUCCGCGAUCAAGAAACAGGGAUUGAACGGCACCGAUAACUUAACGCGAGAGGAGCUGCAGCUGAUGCACACGAUGCCGAAAGAUCUGCGAAAAUUGUCGCCGUUGUUUCUACUGUCGGCUGUCCCGUUUACGAAUUACAUUAUUUUUCCUCUGGCCAUUUACUUUCCACGCUACCUGUUGACGUCACACUAUUGGACUCUGCAGCAGAAAUUAGACUUUAUGCUCUCCGAUCACAAAAGAAGACUCAAGCACAAUAGGUUGCUGUUUAGAUGCAUGCAAGCAGAGUUUAAGACAAUCAAGGAUCAAACGCUCAGGAUAAAGUGGAGAGAUGUUAUAGCCUGUCUAGGAAGCGGUACGCAUCCAACUACCAAAAAUAUUAUAGUCUGUUCUGAGCUCUUCUCGGGUCCACCAUAUUCCCUCAAUACUCUGAAGAGGAAACACAUGAAAGAGUUAUUAGCAAUACACGGCAUGUCUUUGUGGAGACCUUUCAAAAGAAAAAGAUUGAUGGAAAGGGGUAUGUUAAUUUUGCGAAUGGAUCGUGCUAUUAUAAGAGAAGGAGGAGUAAAAGCAAUGCCUAAUGAAGCAAUGCGAUGGGCUCUAUCCUUUAGAGGUUUAAACCCUGCCAACAUGUCUAUAGAAAAUAUGAGAAGCUGGCUUGAGCAAUGGUUAGAGGUCUCAGCAUCUAUUGACAAAAGUAAUAUAUCUUUGUUAUUGCAUAAUCCAAUUUUGUUAGCUUAUAACCAUUCAACAAAUUGGAUCCUUAUAUAUAAUAAUUAAAAAAUAACAAAAAAGAUGACUUCUUCGUUUUUGCGAGAUCUCAGACAAUUAAUUUUAAUAAUAUUAACUUUCACAAAAAUUUAUAUUUUGAAAUUUCUAGUCAAUUUAGAAUUGAUAUUUUGCUUAAAAAUAUUUUUCAUAUAUUACUAAAUUAUUAGAGUUAAUAUAUUGCUCUUUCAUUUGUGAAUACCGAAGUAAACAUCGUUUUUUUAAAUGCUUAAUAUUUCUAUCGUCAAUCAAUAUCUCUUAACAGAUACAUAUAUAUAUCUUUAAACUUUUCGUGCAAUAUAUACAG